AUGAACACGACAACGGAGAAGGUGACAAUCAACUUCAACACGUCACGCUUCGGUGUGAAGGUGGCCGACGGCAGCUUCGACCCCGACACAACGAUCGGCGAGGUCCAUGCGAGGCUGCGCAAGAAGCUCGUCAAGGCGAAGGCAAUGGCGGUACCGGUGGCCAGUGGAGGGUUGGAGGGGGUGGCAGCGAUCGGCAACUGCACCGCCGCAAGUGGCUCCGGCGCCACCUUCAUUUUCGUGCGCAACGGCACCGAGGCCUUCAUCCCCGCACCGGAGCAAACCUUGCAGACUCUGCUGGACAUGUACGCGACGGCCCCGGAGGCGCGCAGGCUCUACGUCACCAUAGACCCCGAAGUCUUCAGCGGGUAA